AGGGAAAUGAGUGUCUGAAAGACUUCCAUCUCUGGCCUUAGGACUCUACCCACCUCCAACAAUGUCAGCCGCCAGGGAGGGUCCCCCUAGGACAAAGCCGGCCCAGCAGUAGUCCUCCUCCAGCACUCUUCCCCCACAGACCUGCACACCCCCAGAAGCCAGAUGGUACACCUACUUCUCAACCUCAUUGUGUCCCCUGCUGCCAUCCUAGCAGCCCCACCUGGCAGAAGCUCAGUGUGACACUGUACAGCUGUUCCGAGGAACUGGAGGGACAGAGAGAUGAACCCAGAUCUUGCUCUCUCUCCACCCUGGACACCUGGGCCUGGUGUGUGUCUUCCAGCUGCUUCCCAGUCAGGAAGUUAGGGUGUGGUUUGAGCUCUGAGGACCAUUAGCAGCUAGCCUCACAUACGGGCUUAGGCCAGACCAAGAGACCCCAGUGAGCUAGAUUUGCACCCCAGACUCUUGUGCCCCUUUCUGAGAUUCUGCAGCAAACCUCUGCAUCCCAAGGUCAGGCAGCAGGAAGAGCAUGCUACGUGCUUAGUGAUUUCUUGGAGACAUUUUUCUUCUGGGGGCGGAAGAGCCUGGUAAUAGUAAGCGCAUAGAGCCCUGAAAACUGAUUCCUUUGCCCCUUGCCUCAGAUAAGUCACAGUGCUCCCUAACCUUCCUUGGAUUGGAAGGCAUAGCUGACAAUAGCUUUAGUCACUUCCUGGAGCUGUUGGGAGAAAAGAGAAUGUCUACGGAUGAGCACAGCCCUGCCUCAACCCAUCACUGCUCCACUUGUGCCUAGGUAUUCAAUGAGGAUGGCACGGUACGCUACUUCAUCGAUGCCAGCCAGGAAGACCACCGAAGCUGGAUGACCUAUAUCAAGUGUGCCCGGAAUGAGCAGGAGCAGAACCUGGAAGUGGUACAGAUUGGCACCAGCAUCUUCUACAAGGCUAUAGAGAUGAUCCCUCCGGACCAGGAGCUGCUGGUGUGGUAUGGGAAUUCCCACAACACCUUCCUGGGCAUCCCUGGCGUGCCAGGACUGGAGGAGGAGCAGAAGAAAAACAAGCAUGGACUUCCACCCUACGGACUCGGCGACCGGCACCGCGGGCCGCAUGCGCUGCGUCAUCUGCCACCGUGGCUUCAACUCGCGCAGCAACCUGCGCUCGCACAUGCGCAUCCACACGCUGGACAAGCCUUUCGUGUGCCGCUUCUGCAACCGCCGCUUCAGUCAGUCGUCCACGCUGCGCAACCACGUGCGUCUACACACGGGCGAGCGCCCCUACAAGUGCCAGGUGUGCCAGAGCGCCUACUCGCAGCUGGCCGGCCUGCGUGCGCACCAGAAGAGCGCGCGCCACCGGCCGCCCAGCGCCGCGCUGCAGGCUCACUCGCCCGCACUGCCCGCGCCCCACGCGCACGCGCCUGCGCUCGCCGCCGCCGCCGCCGCUGCAGCUGCCGCGGCGCAUCACCUGCCGGCUAUGGUGCUGUGAGCGCCGCGCACGCGCCCCACGCGCACGCGCCCACCUGUCCCCGCUGCGGCGGACCUGACCCCAGCGUCGCGCACCGCCGAGGCGUCGGCUACCCGGAACCCACUUCUGAUCCUCCUCCUCGCAGAGGAAGAUGCCAAGGAGCGACGUCCUCUUUGCCCAGGCCACCCGGCUGGUGUGGCUGCCCUGUGACCUCUGCUUGGGAGCAGGUCCCCACGCCCAGCUCCUUCCCGGAGUCUUCCUCCUGCAGGGCCGCUCCCCCACGCGAACAUCUCUCUCGUGGAUGACAGGAGAGGGACAGAUCAUCUCUAAAGAGAGCUUAGUACUUGGGAGUGGAAGGGAGAGCCACCUCCUUGGUCCAGGGUGGACCUCGGGGCGGGCAGUGCCUAUCCUGUCUUGAUGUGCUGUGAGUGGAGAGAACGACGGUGACAGUUGACAGCGAUUGCGGCCGGCCGAAAGGGUUAGGUUAGCACAGACCCGGAGAUACCUGCUCGUCCUGGUCCCUGCUUUCCUUCUGGCUUCUUUCCCCAGCGCCGGGCUCCCAGGGAAGAACGAGACGCCAAUACUCUCCAAGUGUGCUGGGCAAGUUGAGGGUAGAGACACAAGGAGCAUUCACCAUAGCCCCUGGGCAAAUCCCUGUUCCUUUUGGAGCUCAGUUUCCCCAUAUGUAGAACGCGGGAGUUAGACCACUGCCCACCUCCGGUAGCGCUGUUGUCUUGAGUUUAGGAAUGGAGAGGCACCCUCGCCAUCACCCUACUAAGCACCCACAUAAGACAAAGAUGAACCAUACAGGGCAGUAUGGAGCCGGGCCUGGCUUCUCUGUGCAGAAAGCCCCCCGAGGCAUUCGGAGUUGGGGGGCGAGGUGAGUCCCCACGUGCCCACACCGCCGCGGAGGCCCUGUCCACGCCUUCCCCUGCUCCGACCAUGGGCGCCCUCUGGUGUCAUCUCAAAUCUUGUCAUUUACCAGAAUCCCCACAACACUCAACACUCCCUCCAAACACGUGGACGUUUGUAAAAUUAAAACACAAAACUAUAAUAAUAUUAACAAAAGGAUAAAAUGUAUAGAGUUUUCAAGAAAGUGUGUUCUACUCCCAGAAAACGGUCACUUUAACUUUGUAAAUGUUUAUCUAAGAUGAUAUUUACGAAACUGUGAUAUAUAUUAUUUGAUUGUAUAUGUACAACUGUAAAUACAUUUGUACUUCUCUUGUAUUCUAAAAUAAAAAUUACUUGGAACAUG